GCGGUGCACGCUGGGAGUGGUAGUCCAGCGGAGGAAGCAGCACCUUUAGGCACAGUCUCGCGAGAGGCCGCGGUCACUGGGUGCGCGCGGCGCUGCCCGGGACUGGAGUCCGGAUUGGGAUCAGGAUGAAGGAGGACAAGGAGAACGCCAGGCCCAAGGAGCGGCGCGGGGUCUCCGCCGGACCGGGGGUUCUGCUGGCCGCGGGGCCAGGCACGGGUCCCGCCGCCGGCACGGACGGCAGAGCCGGCGCCGCCGAGCUCGAUCGCCUGGAGCGGCCCAAGGACAAGAAGGAGACGCUCAGCAAGGUGGUGAUCCGCCGGCUGCCGCCCAGCCUGACGAAGGAGCAGCUGGAGGAGCACCUGCAGCCUCUGCCCGAGCACGACUACUUCGAGUUCUUCGCGAACGACUCCAGCUUGUACCCACACAUGUUCUCGAGAGCAUACAUCAACUUCAAGAACCAGGAAGACAUAGUCCUCUUCAGGGAUCGCUUCGACGGCUACGUUUUUGUCGAUCACAAAGGUCAGGAAUAUGCUGCCAUAGUUGAGUUUGCACCUUUCCAGAAAGCUGCAAAAAAGAAGAGUAAGAAAAAGGAUGCCAAAACUGGAACUAUUGAAGAUGAUCCAGAAUACAAGAAGUUUUUGGAAAGUUACAGUGCAGAUGAUGAAAAAUUAACCUCCACUCCUGAAACUUUACUGGAGGAAAUAGAGGCAAGAAACAAAGAGCUAAUAGCUAAAAAGACUACUCCUUUAUUGAACUUCUUGAAAAAUAAACAGAGACUGAGAGAAGAAAAAAGAGAGGAGAGAAGGAGGAGAGAAUUAGAAAGAAAAAGACAAAGAGAAGAAGAAAGAAGAAAAUGGAAAGAAGAGGAGAGGAGGAAGAGAAAAGAAGCAGAAAAAUUGAAGAAGGUAGACAGAUGCCCAGAAAAAGAAAGAGACAGAUCAAAAGAAGAACCAAAGAUUAAGCUACUUAAGAAGCCUGAAAAAGAUGAAAAAGACUUGGAGAGAAAAGAAAAAUCCAAGAAACUGGAAAAAGAGACUCUGAGGGAGGAAAAAAAUGCGAGUAGUGCAUCUGCCAAACGAUCUGAUGGGGAGACAAAAGAAGAGAAGGCAAAAAAAUCAGAAGAUGAGUGUGUAAAGGACUACAGGGACCGAGAUAGAGAUUUUGACAGAGACAGAGAAUAUGAGAGAGCACAGAGAGAAAAACUGAGACGCCAAGAAGAGGAGCGUCGGAGGCAGAAAGAGCGCUAUGAGAAAGAGAAGGUUUUUAGAAGAAAAGAGGAAGAGGUGAAAAAGGAGAGAGACUUACUCAGAGAAAAGGGAAAGAAAAGUGAUCUUACAGACUUUACCAGCAGCAUGGACAAAUCUGAGAAAGUAACCAAAGACGAUAAAAAAGAGGAUACAAUUAAGAGGGAUCGUAUCAGAAACAAGGAUCGCCCAGCAAUGCAGCUGUACCAGCCUGGAGCCCGAAGCCGGAGCAGAUUGUGUCAGUAUGAAGACAGUGCUGCAAAGCCCCCAGAUCAGGGAGUGGAUAAGAAACAAGAGGGUGAGACCAGUCACACGAAGGAAGAGGAGUGACUGAUGUGCCAGCCUUAUGUGUUCUGACUGUGCAGCCAAAGAGCAUGUACUACACAAUCCAGAAGUGCCUUCGGAGCGAAAAAGGAACAAAGGAAGAAAGGGGGGCAUUGUGCUGUUGGAUGUUUCUGGUUAAAGAACCUCAGUUGUAGAUUCGGAAUUUGAAAUGUGUUCUCAUUUGUAA